AUGAACUUAACCGAAAACAACAAUUUGAGCAGCACAUUUCAUUUGAAAGCAAUUAAUGAGAAGCCUUUGCUGGUGCAGGUACUGGUGGGGAUUCUUCUGUAUGUAAACGGACUGAUGAUUUUCACCUUUUUGAAGAAGGAGACCUUCAGGGAAACACGCUACAUUCUGUUUGCUCAGACUCUUUUUGCUGACUCUGCUCUUAUGCUGUUGACUGAUUUAACCCUCAUGGGGUCGUUUUACCAGUACCCUGUGCAUAUAAUUCCUUGUUAUAUCUUCUGUACAUUUAUGUUUUUGCUCUAUAUUUGUUCACCCAUGACUCUUGUAGCCAUGUGUUUGGAGCGCUAUGUAGCCAUAUGUAUGCCUUUAAGACAUUCCAGUAUCUCCACCCCUAAAAAUACCUUCAUUGGGCUUCUUGUCAUAUGGAGUGUCAGUUUUGUCAUUCCAUUGUUUGUUUUAAUAGCCUCUUUUGCUUAUAUUCCUCCUGGUGUCUUUCACCUAUAUGUUGUGUGUAGUGUAGAGAUCAUGUUACAGGUAAAAUGGCUGGCAGAC